AUGGAGUCUCUUAAGAGCGGACUACAAGCUGCAGAGGACGCCCUGCUUGGACACCACAAGUCAGGGCAUGAGCCUGCCUCCGGUGUCCAGGGCAAGGGCACCGCAACCGACCCUUACGAUGCUGGCAAUGCUACCCACCAACCAACCGAGACCCACGGCAUGACCGGUAAACAUGGGACCGGUCAACACGGCCACGGAAACAAGAUCGAUGAAGGAAUUGGAGGUCUUGACGACACCGCUAGAAGAACUGCCGGAAAGCCCACCACCGGCGGGUAUACAUCCCAGGAAACCGGACAUAUCCCUGGAAAGACAACUCAAGGUACCGGAAGAGUAGAUGAGGGUAUUAGUGGGGUUGGUCGAGACAAGGCCGGAUAUGGUGAGAAAGCCUUACGCUCAGAGAUGCAGCAAGGAGAUCAAUAUUCCUCUACAAUGGCUUCUGGUCAAAAGCCCUCAACGGGAGCUAAAAUGAGUGGCGGGCUCACCGAUGACACGCUCGCUGGUACCGGUGGUGCUACUGCUAUCGGUGCUGCUGGCGGUGCAGCUGGAGCGGGAGCUAUGGGUCGUGGCCAGGAGCCAGGCAUGAGCGGCAUGAAGCAACAAUCCGGAAUGACUGACUCAACCGGACGGACUCCUGGAACAACAACAUACGGUUCAGACAUGCCAUCUGGUACUUCUGGGGGAUACGGCCAAACAAAGCAUUCACAACUUGGCACCGAACAUGGAAGAGAGAUGGGUGGUGGAGCUGCCCUUGGUUCUGGAGAUGUCACUGGCACAGGUCAUGGCAGUCAACACCAGCAUCAUCUGGGUGGCACGACAGGAAGAGAAACAGUUGGUGGAGGUAUCCUUGGCUCUGGAGAUGCUACUGGCACAGGCCAUGGCAGUCAGUCCCAGCAUCAUUCGGGUGGCACAACGCUUGGAAGGGAGGCAGUCGGUGGAGCUACCCUUGGAUCCGGAGAUGUUACUGGCACAGGCCAUGGCAGUCAAUACCAGCAUCAUCCGGGUAGCACUACACAUGGACAGCAUGGUACCACCGGUGGCCUGGUAGGAGGUUCUACCCACGAUGGUUCCUCCAAGUAUACCCCUGAAAUGAAGCAAGGUCAAACAGCUGGAAACAUGCCAGGUGGAGGAAGCUCUGGUACUAGUGGAUUCGGAUCCUCGGAUAUUAAACAGGGAGCACCGACUACUGGCCAUGGUGGUUCCCAAACUGGAAUGUCACAAGGAAUUUCUACUACCGGACACACCGGCUCAGGCUAUGGCUCUUCCCAACAUUCAGAGUUGAAUCAAGGAAUCCCAUCGAGCCAAACAACUGGUGGAAACAUGGGACGUACUACUGAUAUGGGCCAUGGAGCGUCCGACCCUUCCUCUGCAAUGAGGCAUGAUGCGCCAAUCGCCAGCACCAGUAGCCGCACAACCAGCAGCGUACCAGCACAUGCGCCAAGUGGCACUGGGCAAAAUCCCGUUAAAAGCACAGGGUUCGCUGCAGAGGGUGGGAACUUUGACGCCACGCAGCCAGGGGCAGGAAGAGAGGCAGAUCGUCUUCUGGACCAGCGCACCUCCAAGGCUGGCCAAAGUUCUUCCACGACGGGCCAUGGAAAUACUGGUACUACGACGCACGACCCUCUCACUGGUUCACAUGAGACGCAUACCUCCCAUAAAACUAGCAGCAUCACACAAAAGGCCAAGGAUGCACUCCAUAUCGGAAAGCACUCCAAGCCCUAA